GUAACAUUCUACUCAUCACUUAAUUAAUUAACAUACUAAGAGAGUUAUUAGAACUUGAAAAAAAAUGGCUUCCAAGGCUUUGAUUCUGUUAGGGCUCUUCGCAGUUCUUAUCGUCGUCUCCGAAGUGUCUGCCGCAAGGCAGUCGGGCAUGGUGAAGCCAGAGAGUGAGGAAACUGUGCAACCUGAAGGACAUGGUGGUGGCCACGGAGGACAUGGUGGUCACGGAGGAGGCCACGGACAUGGAGGACACCACGGAGGAGGGGGCCACGGACUUGACGGAUACGGAGGUGGACACUACGGAGGAGGAGGACACUACGGAGGAGGAGGAGGCCACGGACACUACGGAGGAGGAGGAGGAGGCCACGGACACUACGGAGGAGGAGGAGGCCACGGACACUACGGAGGUGGAGGACACCACGGAGGAGGAGGCCACGGGCUUAACGACGAACCUGUUCAGACUCAGCCGGGUGUUUAAAACUAUAUCAUAUAUUCACCAAUCACCACCAUGCAUGAUUGCAUCUAUAUAUACACUUAUGUAUUAUGUGUAUGCCUAUAAAUAAACCAUGGUGACUUUGUAAUGCAGUUCCUUCAGAAAUGUGUGGAAUAAUGUUUCAUAAUAUUAAUAUAUUGUCUCUCAGUGUGAAUUAUAAUC